AUGAUAGACGAUCCGCAUUUCAUCGACGCCAUGGUGCAGGAGCUGAAGUCUCAAGGCCUUUUCGAUCAGUUCCGGAAGGAGUGUUUGGCCGACGUGGAUACGAAACCUGCUUAUCAAAACUUACGCCAACGCGUGGAAGGUACGGUGAAUAAAUUUCUAGGUCAGCAAGAAUGGUCCGAUAACAUACGAUACAAAAAUCAGCUGCGAGAUCAGCUGCGGAAAAACAUCAUCGAAUCUGGAUUUCUCGAUGCCGGUGUAGAACGGAUAGUGGAUCAGGUGGUGAACCCUAAGAUAGCCACCAUAUUCCAGCCGAAGGUGGAAGAAAUUGUCUACAACUAUCUUGGAAUUGAAAAACCAAAAUCAUCCUUCAACGGGAAUGAGCAUGCAUCCAUAUGUGCAGAAUCAUUGCUAGAAGACUUGGAAGCGGUGAGUCCAGAUUCAGACAAAAAGUCUGAAGGUUGCCUGACUCCUUCGCCGCCACCGCCAGAACAGCUUCCACAACCACCAGAACCCAUGGAAGAACCGGUUGAACAUGUCGUGGAAAACAUGGACAUCGAUGACGAUGAUGAGGUGCUGGAUGAAUCGAAAGAGCAAGACGACUUUGAAUCCCCCGCAUUUGAACCGCUGGAAGUGCGAUCGCCCAGCAAAACAAAGGACGAAAUGAACGAUUCCAACUCCUCCGCCAUUAGCGGACUUACGUCUCAGGAGUCGGUGAAAAGUGACGAUCGUGCGGAUAGUCCUGCACGCGGUACUCCUAGCAAGGAAUCGACCGAUGUGCCGGCAUGCGACGAACAGGAGUAUCCGACGACGAAAGACUCAGAGUUCAGUCAGGAAAUUGGGCCAGCAAAUGAUUCUCAGCUGUCACAGGUGUCUAGCAACAGUCAGCUGCUAACGGCAACUGCACCAUCGUCUAGUGAAGAGAUGCAACCUCCGGAAGAAAACGAACGGCUGGACAUUACCGAAGAGGCCCAAAUGCCUACACUGUUCAGCAGUUCAAUGGACAAAGUUUCCAGCUCCAACGAGGGCGAAAAUGAUAGGAGAUCGGGGGUCGGGAAGAAGAUUACGUUCGAUUUCAAGAAGGAUGAGUAUGAUUUCGUCGGCACUGGGCGUCCUUCAGCAACAAUUAUUUGUGGUGAUGAGAGUUUUGGCGAUGGUAACCGAUUGCGCGAUCAAGAAGAUGAUAGCACUCCAAUGGAGACCCCGAUGGAAACGCCGACAGAUACUUCGGAGAAACCCAAAGAUAAUAACGAACAGCCAAACCUUACGCUGCAAGAUGAGGAAACGUCCCAAUCGGAACAUUCGCUUAAAAUUUGUGAAGACACGUUCAGUGACGAUAAUACGAAGGAUUCACGCUCAGAAGAUGGCCCGGUAUCGGCACAAGAUAGUCCAUCGAAAGUCAAAGGACUGUCCGAUGCUAGCAGCUGCAGUGUGAAGAGUGAUGAGCAUGCUAAAAAUACUCCAUCAAACCAACCCCUUAUUGCAGAUGAAAAACCCACAGAAACGGAACAUAUAGGGGAUGACCAAAAACCGGAAGAGGAAGGCGAAGGAAAAAAAGACGAAGAAGAUGUUGAUGAACAGAAUGAUAAAACAAUAACGUCAAACAAAGAUGAUGAUCACUAUCAGGAACAUCACAAGCACCAAAACGACCGUCGAUCGAGUGAUCGCGAUUCAGAGGAUGGUAGCGAUAAGCACGGUUCUGGCGGAUCGGGUCCACCACCGGCGUGCGAAGAGAAUCGUAGUGCUGAAGAUAAAUUAUCCUCCUCGCAGGAAUCCAAUGAAAAAGUUCCUGAAAAAGAAAAAUCCCCCACAAAAGAUGCGACGGAUUCAGCGCAAUCGCCAACUGGCAAGGAGCUGGAUCGAAACUGUCGUUCGGUGACACCAACGGGUAGUGGCACGCCUAUCGAUUCAUCCUCUUCCGGCAUCCAAUCGGGCGACGAUUCGGAGAAAAGUCCCGAAACGUUGAAAUCAUACAACAGAUUGGAAUCGAUCGUACUACCAGUGCAACCGGUCGUGAUCGAUCAGAUGCUUACGAGUGCGGAUGAUUCGGAAAUUGAGCGGCUGUUAAGCGGUGAAACGCAAACGAACGAUGCUACCUUGGAAUCGCUGCAACGACAGUGGCAAUCAACGGAGGGAAAGAUACGGAAGCCAAUGUGUGCCUCAAACUUUUACGAAGCACGACGUCUAAUAAGGGUGCGCAAACAGAUCCAACGUCACCAACAGAAGUGUCGCGCACAGGCACUGGCAAUGGCGAAAAAGUACAUCAACGAGAACAAAGCCUUCGCCGGACGGGGCAUGGAAGAUCAGGGCAUCGAGCUAGAGUUUGUGUGCGACGGUAAACGGAAGUCACCCGGACCAUUGAUAUCGUCACCCGUUCCGAAGGUGGAACAACCAUCGGUGGAUAACGCACCGAAGUCACCGGUUAGCGAACCGGAGCUGCUGUACUUUCCCGAGGAGGAAGAAACUUACCGGAUCGAUGAGAAGCGGUUAAACUUUUUGCGGUCCAAAACGGAUGGUGUUACGUUCGGUAAGAACUUUAAGGUACAGCAUUACAGUACGAUGAUCUAUUCGCUUACCGCACCGCCGGUGUCUAUGACGAGAGUUUCCAAACGACCCACAACAAGUGCGUUCGGAAGCGCUAAAAUUAGACGUACCGAACCAAUCAACGGUAUAACGAAGAAGCUUGAUCUUAGCCCAGAAGGUGACAAAAGCGGUACCACUUUGGCUAUUCGGAAACAGCGCACCAUAAGGAAUCGAUUGGUUGAAAAAAGCACUCCACCAUCCGUGGGAACGGAUGCUUAG